AUGCGGUCAGCCCGAGAGACUCUGGUGAGAGCAGUCCGCGAGAACUCCGCGCUCCUCGGCGACGGCGAUGGGUGUCUAACGUUUGAGUUCAACGGUCCCGAACCACGAGGUCAACGAAAACAUGCAUCAAAUCAGCCCCCUGACGCGAUCAUGCCCCCGAUCUUCAACGCACUGAUCGUGGGCUGGUCUUGUUCCGACGACGGCCGCGAUUCUCUGGUCUCGGUCUUGCAACGCUCGCUGGCCCUGGUCCUUGAAGAAUGGCCUGAUUUGGCGGGGGAGAUCGUCGCUCCCCCAGCGGACUCCCCACCACGAACACAACCCACCAUUCGGCCCUUGGAGGGGCAUGGCUCGCCUCUGACCAUUCGCGACUUCACCGGCUCUGACAGUCCUUUCCCGUAUAGCUAUGCCCAGCUUCAAGCUCAAGGGUUCCCGACUUGCAAGCUCGAUGGUCAACUGCUGGCCCCCCUUGCCGGCGUCGCUACGACCCAGCGCGUCAUGGCAGCGCAAGCCAGCUUCAUCCCCGGCGGCUGUCUUCUCUCGGUUGGGUUCUCCCAUCAAUUCGCCGAUGCCUACGGAGUUUACCUGAUCUUCGAGAAAUGGGCCCAACACUGUCGACAAGUCCAGGGCCUCCCGGCGCAGCCUGCGGCGUUCCCUCACGCGCCGUCUCAGCCUCAAACCUCGCUACCUCCUGCAUUUCAAGCCUCGACUGGCGCGGAGACACGCAUCUUCUCCCUCUCCGCUGCAGCUCAGGCAACCCUCAAGAGAACAGCCUCCGCUGUAUCCUCCUCCUCUCUUUCCCCUAUCUCAACCAACGAUGCCCUAGUGGCCUGGAUCUGGCGGACCGUCUCCAAAGCCCGCUUUCCCGCCGGCCGGCCAAAUGCACCGUACCGAGACAACUCGUACGUCUCGGUCGCCAUCGAUGGUCGCAGGCCCCUCUCAGUCCCCGCCGACUAUGCGGGCAACGUGGUUUUCUGCAGCAUGACCAACAUGCUAAUUCACGAGCUCACCAACCCCUACACCCCGCUGGGCGAGAUCGCCGCGCGCAUCCGCCAAGAAACCAUCGCCAACCGCAAUACAUCACGGCUUAAGGAGGCUGUGACCCUCGCCGCCGGGAUUCCUGACGUCCGCCAGCCCUUAGCCAAUGCCUUCCCGAGUUGGUUUGCUGAAGACCUCGUCACCACCUCCUGGGUCGCGCUCCCCUUCUACCAGCUGGAUUUCGGCCCUGCCCUGGGGACUUCCGGGCGCAUUGAUACCUUCCGGAUGCCCCGUGGCCAAUUUGCAGGCAUUUGCAGCUUUCAACCGCGCGCGGAUGACGGGUCGGUGGAAAUUGUCGUCGGAUUAUUGGCGGAGCAGAUGGAGCGGUUGGUAGCGGAUCCGGACUUUAGGCAAUUUGCAACCCUAGUUUCCUCGUAG